CAAGUCGAAAUCCCUCGCGUUUGGCGUGCCCCGGUCUUUCUGUGUAUUCCCAUACACACGAAUACGCAAAAAUAAGAAAAUUCCAUUCAGUCUCUCUCUCUAGACUUUCAAUAAAAGGGUCUUCCAAUUUCAUGCCUGGUGCCAGACGUAUUGGUGAAUUCCGGUUUCCUUUUUGCAGAGAGAGAGAAAAUCAAAACAAAGUUGAUGAAACUGGUGCUUCAUUGGUGAUCUUCAGCUAUUCACAGGAAAUACUCCAUCGUCUCUAAGUUUUUCUGUUAAAGAAGAAGCCUCCUCCAUUUCUGAAGAUUCUUCAAAUUUUAAGCAACAUAAAGGGGAAAGCAAGGAAGCAUGCUGCCCACGGCCUCAAGGGGGCGACCCCCCUCCACAAUGCGCGCCAAUUCCAUUUUCCCUCAUUAUCUCCGCAGAGUUAUCAAGUGGCAACAAAUGGACAUUGAGUAUACAUUCUGGCAAAUGCUUCAUCUAUGCACCUCACCAAAAGUUGUCUAUCAACACACAAAAUAUCAUAAACAAACUAAGAAUCAGUGGGCACGGGAUGAUCCUGCAUUUAUUGUUAUUCUCAGUCUUCUCUUGAUUGUGGCGACUUCUGCUUAUUGUGCUGCAUAUGACAAGACUAUUACACAUGCGAUUUUUACAGUUAUAUCUGUGGUGCUUUUCCAUUUUAUAAUUAUUGGAGCAAUUCUGGCUACAUGCUGCUGGUUCUUGACAAACACCUAUCUGCGAGAAGAGACCCCAAACAGCCAUGCAGUGGAGCAAAGGGUUGAAUGGCUCUAUGCAUUUGACGUGCACUGCAACUCCUUCUUCCCUGUCUUUGUUGCCCUGUAUGUGAUUCACUACUUCAUAUCACCUUUGUUAGUGGCCCAUGGGAUCCUUCCUGCACUUCUCUCAAACUUGCUUUUCAUGGUGGCUGCGUCUUACUACCACUACCUCAACUUUUUAGGGUAUGACGUUCUGCCCUUCUUGGAGAAGACCACAUUCUUCUUGUAUCCUAUUGGAGUUGUCAUCAUUCUCUCAGCUCUCUUGGUCCUCAGCGGUUUCAACCCCACAAGAUAUAUCCUGAGUUUCUACUUCGGCUAGCAUAGUAUAAUAGGCAUUGGGAUACUUCUUAAAGUUUUCAGAAAUCAUUGCAGAGCAUUAGUUUGAUAGGACAGCAGAAAAAAAAAAGCAUUUGAUUUUUGUUUGGAGAACAGUUUGGUUAGAUAUUCGUGCACAAUUACAAGAUUGGAAUUACCCCGACAGAAAAGCUUUGACGGCAACUAGGUGGUCUGGAACUCUGCCAGCAGGAGAUGAUAGGACGAUCGCAUUAUUGUGAGAAUCUUGUUUCAUGUUUCCUGCUUAUUUAGGUUGAGAGGAGAAAUGUGGUCUACUUCUUGUGCCUAAAGAAAGAGAUAUGGCUUCAGUCAAGCAUGUACAAACAUUGUUGCAUUUGAAAAAAUUUUCACUAGUAUGCCCUUGAUUCUAUUGGCAACAAGGAGGAUGUGCAAUGCAUGUAAAUGCGAACAAGAAUGUUCAUUCAUAUCAUUCCGAUUCUUCGAGUGUAGGAAGUGGCAUGUUGAUGUGCAAUGCAUGAUUUUGCUAUUCUGAGAACCAUAUACGCAUCCUACUCAAGGCCAACUUCAAACGUGAUAAUUGUCAUAUUGAAAGGAGGAAAAUGGUACUAACAUUCAA